CGCGGGCGGGACGGGACGGACGGACGGAGGGAGCCAGCGGCGGGGCUGGUGCCGGUGCGGAGGGUGCAGCGGAUCCCUCAAACCGCUUAUUCCCCCCUCGGUCCCCUCCCUGCGCUCCCCACGCCGGCAGCCGAGAUGCCCAACUUCUCCGGGAACUGGAAGAUGAAGAGCUCGGAAAACUUCGAGGAGCUCCUGAAGGCGCUGGGCGUGAACAUGAUGCUGCGGAAGAUCGCGGUGGCGGCGGCAGCGAAGCCGGCGGUGGAGAUCCGGCAGGACGGGGAGAGUUUCUUCAUCCGCACCUCCACCCCCGUGCGCACCACUGAGAUCCGCUUCAGGGUGGGCGAGGAGUUCGAGGAGCAGACAGUGGACGGGCGACCCUGCAAGAGCUUGGCCAGGUGGGAGAGCGAGAACAAGAUGGUGUGUGAGCAGCGCCUGCUCAAGGGCGACGGGCCCAAGACGGGCUGGUCCCGGGAGAUGACCAACGACGGGGAGCUCAUCCUGACCAUGACAGCCGACGACGUUGUCUGCACCAGGGUCUACGUCCGGGAGUGACCCCCCGGCUCAGCUGACACCCCCCCCACGCCGGUGGCCCCGUAUUCCCCCCUUCCCCACCCCGUGUCCCCUCAGUCCCCUGCACUCAUCCCCCGGCCAGGGGGAGGGUGUUGCAUCUCCCCACGGGGGUACAUCAGCGAACCCCGUUUUUGUCGGGGGACACACACACACGGCUUUCCCCCCCUCUGCAGGGCGGGGGCUCUCUGGGGGCAGCAGGAUCUCCUGUUCUGGCCCCGCUCUGCUGCGGAUGAAGCGCUCGGGGCCUGGCGAGGCGCCGGGGUGCGGCGGGGGGUAACGCGGCCCCACCCUGCCCUUUGGGCUGGUUUGAGCUGGUUUGGGCUCGGGCUGCUGUUGGUUCCUCGCAGCCCCCAGCCCUGCCCUGUGACCCCUCCCCAGUAUUUAUUUGUGAAUAUUGUACCAGACGGUAACAGCAACCCCCCCAGCCUGGGGCACUGCCAGGUCCCAGCUCCCCCAGGGUCCAACUUCCCUCUGUCACCUCCCUCCUUUUCCAAUAAAUGUCUUAUG